AAAAUCAGGGGUGAUCGAGUCUGAUGAUCAUAAAUUUAGAUGAUCGAACGGCUCAGGAUAAGAAAAACUACAGCAAACUGCAUGCAUGCAUUGCAAAAUUUUGUCAGGUCCCUGCACAUGACCUCCUCAAAGUGGACAAAACCUAUAUAUAUAUAUAAUCAGUUCUCUAACGAUUUCCUGCAAAAUUCCUUCACUUUUCUUCUUUCUGUUGCUGCGCCAAAUAUUCUUCUUCUAACAGUCUCUUAAAUGGACCCAAAACACACACAACACACACUAGAAAGUACUACACAGUAACUUUUUUAGGUGUCUGAUAUGAUUGCCAAAGAAAAGGGCCGAAACCGAGUGAGCGAGGAAGAGGAAGUAGGAAAGCUUUUCAUGGGAAUUAUGGAGGGGUAUAAGGAUUCAUUGAUUCCACCAUUGUCCGAGUUCAAUCCCCUGAUUGAAAGGACAAAUUGUGAAAAGGGUUCGAGCAGUUCCAAGAAAAGAGAUAGGACUGAAGCUUCUGAGAUUAAAAGUGUCCAAAAUGAACGGAAUAGAAGAGGGAAAAUGGCUGAAAGCUACUCCGUUCUUCAGUCUUUGGUCCCUUCUCUCUUCCCAAUUCCCAAGCCCUCAAGGGAGAGGACUUUGACAGAGACAAUAAACUAUCUUAGAAGUUUGGAGCAAGAGAAAGAGAGAUUGGAAGGUCUGAAGAGCUCAUUACUGCAGAAGCCAGUCUUAUCUGGUUGUACUACGUAUUUGAUGAAUCCCUCUGUUACCGCCAGUUUAUGCAAUGGUGUUGCAUUUUUUGGGAUCCAAUUGCCUGCUAAAAGGGGUUUAUUGAGAAAGAUUGCCAAGGCUUUUGAGAAGUAUCAUGCCGAGGUAUUGGAGGUUGCUAUAUACGUUAAUGAUCACGGAAUGUUGACUUUAACUGGCACGUUUAUGGUGGGGAAUGAUGGAGCUUUUGUUGUUGAGAAGAUCAAGAAAGAAAUUCUGAUUCUGUAGAUAGGUGCUAAUAUGUAUUGAUGAUUAUUAAUACUUGAUUCAG